AUGAUUGUUGGAGAAUCAAGCAGCGGAAGUUUUCAAUCUCUGGGAAGGGUACAGCUAGAUGAGUUUGACACAGACAAGAUCAGAAAAAUGGAAAGAAGUCUAAGUGAAGAAAAUUUGCGGAAGGGCAGUUGCAAUUUAUUUGUUGAUGGUGGAGACUCCCUGUCUUUGGGGGCUUCUCUGAGGGGAAAGCAGACCAUAACUUCAAAGAAUGGUACGUUUGCAUUGGGAUUUUUUAAUCCAAAUGGAACCAACAACUGGUAUAUUGGCAUCUGGUAUACUCAGAUCCCAGACAAGACCAUCGUUUGGGUGGCUAACAGAGAAACUCCCAUCACAGACAUGCCCGGCGUUUUUACGCUCUCUUCAACUGGUUAUCUCACUGUCUCUGAUUUGCAAGGAAAAGUCAUGUGGUCGAGUAAUAAAACUCAGCAAACAAAGGCGUCCAGGGCUUCCAUACUGGACAAUGGUAAUUUUGUUCUUUUAGGUGCCCAAAACAUUUCUGAGAUUGUGUGGGAGAGCUUUGCGAAUCCCACGGAUACAGUUUUGCCUACCGUGAAGUUUUGGAAGGGCUUGAAAGUAAACUCUUGGAAGAGUUCCAUGGAUCCAGCACCCGGGCCCUUCUUUGCCCAAAUAAAUCCAUCCCCAGGAAAAACUGACGUUUUAUUGCAGUAUAAAAAUGGUGUUUCAUAUUACAGCACGGGAGAAUGGAAUGGUAGCUACUUCGCCACUUUGCCAGGGUCUCCAGCUUCUUCCAUUGUGAAGGAGGAAUUCAAAGUGUUCUCUUCCACAAGAAUGUAUUACAGUUUUAAGGUUGCACCCCAGGCUGGUAUGAUGAUGGUCAGAGUCAACUGGAAAGGCGAGCUAUCAGUCUACCAUUGGAUUAAUAAUGGCUGGAACGUGAAUUGGUAUCAACCCCAAUUAAGAGGUAGCGUGUAUGGUAUGUUCGGCACUUAUGGAGUGUGUUCCACCCAAGAAAUCAGUCAGCCUUGCAGAUGUGCGGAAGGCUUCCACCCAAGAGAUGCUACUGCCUGGCGUUCUCAGGAGUGGUGGUCAAGCGGUUGUGUUCGGCGUACUCCAUUACAAUGCUUUGCCAUCAAUGGCAGUGGGAGUGAUACAACGGAUGGUUUCCUCCAAAUCAGUAAUUAUACCUUGUCUGAUCAAGAAGCUAUUCAAAAUACCCCCGAGUCGACUCUACUAGUAUGCAAAACUGCUUGCCUCAACAAUUGCUCCUGCACGGCCUUUGCUUUCGCUGAUUCUAAUUGUAAAUUGUGGUUUGGCGAUCUGUUAAGCAUGCGGACUAAAGCCACUUCAUCUGGUGGCCAGCCCUUGUUCAUUCGAUUGGCUGCUUCCGAUGCGUCACAGUUGUCAGCUCAUGCAGGAAGAAGCAGCAGCAGAGUACUUGUGCUCUCCAUCUCAAUUCCUUUGGGCGUUGCCAUUUUGGGCAUUCUGUUUAUCGGUGCAUGGUUGUUUAUUCAGCGCAGGCGCAAGAGACUGCUUCAGAAUGUCGAGAAGUACGACACUCCGACAUCGCUCACAACAUUCACCUACAAAGAGCUCAAAAUUGCAAGCAACAAUUUCGCUCAUAAGUUGGGAAAGGGAGCAUUUGGCUCUGUCUUUAAGGCAACUCUGCGAGACAACACACUUGUAGCCGUGAAAAGAUUAGAGGGUUCCGCACAAGCAGAAAAGCAAUUCCGUGCAGAAAUAAGCACCAUUGGAAACAUACAUCAUGUGAAUUUGGUGGGACUCCUGGGAUUCUGCGUGGAGGGGUCUAAAAGAAUGCUUGUUUACGAGUACAUGCAAAAUGGGUCUCUCAAUUCUUUCUUGUGCCGCAGAUCCAAAGAAGAAGGCAAGGUGCUGGACUGGAAUACCAGAUUCAGAAUCGCUUUGGGCACUGCAAGAGGGUUACUUUAUCUCCACGAAGAAUGCAGAGAUCGCAUCAUCCAUUGUGAUAUCAAACCAGAAAAUAUUCUUCUAGACACGGAUUUCUAUCCAAAAGUGGCUGAUUUUGGGCUGGCAAAGCUUGUUGGCAGAGAUUUCAGCAGAGUGCUGACAACAACAAGAGGAACAAGGGGUUAUUUGGCUCCCGAGUGGCUGACCGGCUUGCCAAUAACAGUGAAGGUGGAUGUAUACAGCUUCGGCAUGACCCUGCUCGAAAUAAUCUCAGGCCGACGAAAUAGUGAUUUGAGUGUGCAGGAAUCUCAAUGCUAUUUUCCGACUUGGGCAGCAGCUCAAAUUCUCAAAGGAAACACCAUGGGUCUUGUGGAUGAAAGGAUUGCAGACAUGGCAGAUGUUGAAGAGGUGAGAAGAGCAGCUAUGGUAAGCAUUCUGUGCAUUCAAAAGGAUGAAAAUGGGAGGCCAAGCAUGGCUCAAGUUGUGCGGAUAUUGGAAGGCAAAUCAGAAGGUGACGUGGAACAAUAUGAGAGGUCUCUGCAACGCUGGUCGAUGAUCAUUCAGUAG